AUGACAACCAGUGCUGGUGCGCCUAUAGAAUACAAAGACGCUAGAGUCACUCUCAAUUCCAGACUAAUAUUUAACGAAUAUUUCAUGGACAUGAUCACUCAUAUUGUUCGUGAAAGAAUACCCGAGCGUAUAGUUCACGCAAAAGCAGCAGGUGCAUUUGGGUACUUCGAAGUGACACACGACAUAACACACAUUUGCAAAGCGAAAUUAUUUGCUAAUGUAGGAAAAAGAACCCCUGUUGCAGUACGCUUUUCGCCUGUUGUGGUAGAAAAAGGAGGAAUAGAUACUUCAAGGGAUGCAAGAGGCUUUUCUAUCAAAUUCUAUACAGAAGAAGCUGGUAUUAAAAAUCUUAGAUCGGAAGAAGCACGACAAAUAGCAGCUGUUGAUCCUGAUUAUGCUACUAGAGAUUUAUACAGAGCCAUUGGUAACGGGAAUUUCCCUAGUUGGAAAGUUAGUAUACAAGUAUUAUCAUUAAAUGAUGUUAAAAAUGCUGGAUUCGACGUGUUUGACGUGACCAAAGUUUUACCGUUGGAUAGCUACCCACUGAUACCUGUAGGAGUGUUCGUGCUUAAUAAAAACCCAAUUAACUAUUUCGCUGAAAUAGAGCAAUUAGCUUUUAACCCUGCAAAUCUAGUGCCCGGUAUUUUGGGAGGCCCUGACAAAGUAUUUGAAGCUCGCCGCUUAGCUUACCGUGAUGCUCAAUACUACCGUCUAGGUGCAAAUUUCAACAAAAUACCCGUAAAUUGUCCCAUUCAAGCUAAAGUGAUGGCCUACAACCGUGAUGGCAGACCUCCAGUGGAAGAUAAUGGAAUAGAUUCUCCAAAUUAUUAUCCUAAUUCUUACAAUGGUCCCGAAGCUUACUUUGAUAAGAAAAGAACUGAGUUAAUUGAAAUAUUCCAAGAUGAUCCAAACAAUUUCCAGCAAGCAACAGAAUUGUAUGUAAACGAGAUGACGAAAGAUGAACGCAGCCGACUUGUUGAAAACCUACUAUACAGCUUGGGACCAGUGGCUAAAUUUUUACAAGAUAGAGCCGUGAAAUUAUUUACCAUCAUACACCCCGAUUUAGGUAACCGUCUCGCUGAGGGCUUAGCGGCAAAUAGAACUAACGAUUAUUAUUUUGAUGACGAUAAGUUUUAUAACUAUAACAAAUAA